AAGUUUAUUCAAACAAAUAUGGCGGCGCCUAUGGUGAAGUCGUGAUUAAGGGAACAGGUCAUUUACAGCGUGUUUAAAAACUGGACAUGACUUUUAAAACAUGGAUUAUUGUUUUUAUGUCAAUACGAUCGUAGCGCGCAAUUAAAUUACGUGGAAAUAAAACAGCAGGCUUUUAUGUUCACCAGAUCAUGCUGUUGUGUGAGUGACGUGGUGCAAAGAACACAGACUGUGAAACAGCAGUGGUGUAAAAAGAAGUUGCGAUGAGAGCUGCAAAGUGGAGCCGCCAGCCGCACUGUUCUCAACAAGUGACUGAACCAUGCAGGUGUCAGUAAGAUGGCUGGCUCUGUAUCCCCUGGGUGCAGCCCGGUCUGGACGAAUCAGGGCUCCUCUCCUGAGUCAAGUACCCCGCCUCUUGACCCCUAGUGCUCGCACCCUGUUCAGUGAGACAGGAGUGUGGGAGAAGAACUAUCGAAAAGAGACCCGACGCAGACUGGAAGAAUGGUGGCACCCGCGAAUUAUGGCACAGUGGAGGAAGGACACACUGGAGGAAGGUUCCAAGAGGAAGAAGUUUUAUGUUCUCUCAAUGUUUCCAUACCCAUCGGGGCGAUUGCACAUGGGCCAUGUGCGAGUGUACACCAUCAGUGACACCAUCAGCCACUUCCAGAGGAUGAGAGGACAUCAGGUGAUGAAUCCAAUGGGUUGGGAUGCUUUCGGACUUCCAGCUGAGAACGCAGCCAUUGAGAGAGGUCUUGACCCAGAGGAGUGGACUAAAAGUAAUAUAGAGUCCAUGCGGGAGCAGCUGAACAACCUCGGUCUUUGCUUCAACUGGGAACGGGAAGUGACCACCUGCCUUCCAGAUUACUACAAGUGGACCCAGUAUCUGUUCAUCAAGCUCUUUGAAGCAGGGCUGGCUUAUCAGAAAGAGGCUGUGGUGAACUGGGACCCUGUUGAUCAGACAGUGCUGGCUGAUGAGCAGGUGGAUGAAAACGGUCGUUCCUGGAGGUCUGGUGCUCUGGUGGAGCAGAAGCUGCUCACACAGUGGUUCAUCAAGACAACUAAUUAUGCCAAGCCUCUCCUGGAUUCCCUAGCAGACCUUCCAGAGUGGUAUGGGGUGGAAGCCAUGCAGGCGAACUGGAUUGGCGAGUGCACCGGCUGCUACUUUGACUUCAAACUCAAGAUGAACGGGGAGGAGACAGGGGAGACUCUGUCAGCCUACAGCUGCCACCCAGAGACGGUGUUUGGGGCAGCUUUCCUGGCCAUCCUGCCCUCUCACAGACUGCUACACGGUAGCAGCUGUGUCCGCUCUGCCCUGGAGAAAGCCUUUCAGCCAGGCACAGACUCCCUGACAGGGGUUCGUGCUUGCAACCUGUUCACUGGCCACGAGGUUCCCCUGGUCAUCUCACGCAAAGCAGCUUUUGAUGGUUAUCUGGACACUGUAAUUGGUAUCCCAGACUCUAGUGAGGAGGACCUGUCUGUGGCCAGAGCUCUAAAUCUGAGUUGGACCAUGGUGCUACACACCCAUGAAGAUGGCACACAAACUCUGAUCAACUCUGAGGGGUUCUCAGGCCUCACCAGAGAGCUGGCAUUUGACUCCAUUACCCAGAAGGCCAGAGAGAAGAGGGUCGGUGGCCACCUUACCAGCUCCAGACUCAGGGACUGGUUAAUAUCGAGACAGCGUUACUGGGGCACACCCAUCCCUGUGGUGCACUGUGGGUCUUGUGGUCCAGUUGCAGUUCCUGAGGAAGAGUUGCCAGUUACUCUGCCAAAGCUGCCAUCUCUCACAGGAAAGGGGGCGUCGCCUCUGGAGGCUGCUCAGGACUGGGUGAACUGCAGAUGUCCCAGAUGUAAGGGUCCAGCGAGGAGGGAGACUGACACCAUGGACACAUUUGUGGAUUCAGCCUGGUAUUACUUUAGAUUCACAGAUCCUCAUAACACAGACAGGCCUUUUGAGCGCCACCUAGCAGAUCACUGGCUGCCAGUGGACGUGUACAUCGGAGGGAAGGAGCAUGCUGUCAUGCACUUGUACUAUGCUCGCUUCCUCUGCCACUUUUGCAAAGACCAGGGUCUUGUGGCUCACAGGGAGCCUUUUUUUAAGAUACUGGUCCAAGGUCUGAUCAAGGCCCAGACUUACAAACUGGCAGACAGCGGGCAGUAUCUAAAGAGAGAAGAAAUAGACUUCACAGAUGAGGAGCCAGUGGCGUUGGGCGGUGGUCGUAUUGAGGUGACGUGGGAAAAGAUGAGCAAGUCUAAACACAAUGGCCUGGACCCCCAAGAGGUGGUGCAGGAGUAUGGCGUGGACACAGUUCGAUUGUACGUCCUUUACGCUGCACCACCUGAACAGGACAUCCUCUGGGAUAUGAAGACGGAUGCACUCCUAGGGGUUCUGCGAUGGCAGUGUCGCCUGUGGCAGCUGGUGACAAAGAUGAGGGGGGCGCGGCAACUCGGAGACUUCCCCAACCCUUCUCUGCUGAAGAAGAAGGAACUGGCAGAGGCCAGAAAGAUCUGGGAGAACAAGAACUAUGCUGUUCAAGAGGUGACUUCUUCCUUUACAGAGGACUUCCUUUUCAACGCAGCCAUUUCUCGCCUGAUGGGACUUACCAAUACACUGAGUAAUGCAACAGUCAGAGUGAUGCAGCACAGUCUGGAGUUUGAGGAGGCCCUGGCUGUGCUGGUUAUGAUGACAGCACCCAUGGCUCCUCAUCUUGCUUCUGAACUAUGGGCAGGUCUUUGCCAGGUGAAAAACCCCCUUAGCCACCUCCUCCUGCGGGGAGGAGAUGUCAUGCAGCAGCCCUGGCCGACUGUGGACCCCAAGUACCUGGAGCUCCCUGACUUUGUGGAGCUGUCUGUAUUGAUCAACAACGAGGCCUGUGGGACAGUGACGGUGCCGCUGCAUGUGUCCAAAGACACAGAGAAGGUGCAGCAGCUGAUCCUGGAGAGCCCGCUCGGACAGGAGCGUCUCAGCCAGCGCAGCAUCAAGCGAGUCAUCGUCUCUCCCAGAACCACCCUCGUCAACUUCCUCAUUGAAGAGUGACAGUUGGGCAUUCACCACUGCUUUUGCAACUGGAAAAUAGUUGUGAAAUCUAGUCAGUCACCAGUUCAGCACAGAGAGAGGCAAAAAGAGGUGAACGUAUUUUAUGUCAAAUGCAGGCUGUCUGAUAUUAACUGUCAGAACUCUAUGUAAAUAUGUCUAAAGACAUUUUAUUUAUGUUACCAGUUUUUAAUAAAAGAAUCUAU